GCCCGUGUUCCAUCAUCGCCGUCCAUCACUACGCAUCACGCUCAUACUACCUCUUGAUCUUUUUAAAAGUGAAACCCCAGCUCCUCCUGUUUGCUCCAUUUCCCUUUGAAGCUUCGACGCGAGAGAGAGAGAGAGAGAGAGAGAGAGAGAGAGGGAGGGAGGGAGACGGCUGCAAUCGCUUACCAGCGGGGAUGGGUUCCCGGAGCAGGAAUGGCGGUGGUGGCGCGUGGGUCUCGAUGGCACUUAAGGCGGCGAUCGCCUCAGCCGGAGUGGUGACGGCGGCCAUGGCGAUCCGCCUCGCAGGCCCGCCUGUCGUCUGGUUCCUGGCCGCCGAGGUCCCCCGGGCAUACGAUUCUGCUCUCGCCUGGCUCCGACCGCCCUACCUCUACCUUGUCAUCAACGGCAUCAUCAUCUCCAUCGCCGCCUCUUCCCGCUUCCAGAAGCAGCCCUCGACGUCCACCGAGGACCUCGCGCCGCUGCCGCACCUCGCGACGAUGGACCCCGUGGCGGUUGUUCAGGAGCCGGUGGAGUACGAUGCGAAGCUCGCGGUGGAUGCGCCUGCCGCGGAGAUCUACGGCAGGGCGAAGGCGGAAGCCGAGGACGAAGAGGUGGAGGAGGAAUUCAUGAUAUCGAGGUCCAGCUGGUCACCGAAGCGGCGGAGUAGGGGACCUAUGGAGGAGAUUCCGACGGAGUAUUCGGUCGCCGCGGCGGAGAAACCGCUGGUUUCCACCCGGUUCAGCCACCGGAAGGCCGUCAAGCCCAGCCCUGAAGGGAAGGCGCUCGGUGUGGCAAGGCGGCCGAGGCGGAACGAGACGCUGGAGACCACAUGGCGGACCAUCACGGAGGGCCGGGCCGUGCCGCUCGCACGCCACCUCAAGAAGUCCGAUACGUGGGACACCCGCGGCAGCGGUGGCGAGGAGGAGGCGGCGGCGAAGGCGGCGGUGAUGCGAAAGUCGGAGACUUUCAACGAGAGGGGGGCGGCGGCGUCGCCCAAGAGCGGGGGAUCGUCGGGCGGGAGGCUGAGGAGGGAGGCGUCCCUGGGGCAGGACGAGCUGAACCGGCGGGUGGAGGCGUUCAUCAAGAAGUUUAAUGAGGAGAUGCGGCUGCAGCGGCAGGAGUCGAUGAAGCAUUACAUGGAGAUGAUCAACCGCGACCGCCGUUAGAGGAGGAGCCCCCAAUACCAAACUCCAAUCCUAGUAGUCCUUUUAAACUUGGGGACGCAGACUUGUGUUUUGCUGUAUGAAACUGAGAGGAUGUGCUGUUGCAUUUUACAUUAUAAUGCAAUAGCUGCUGCAUUCAUAUUAGGUUUAGGAUUCUAAACUUCAUCACAUGAAUUUUGAAGGUUGAUUAAUCCUGUAUUCACUACUUAAAAAUAUAUGUUACAAAUCUCAAGAAAUCUCA